UCUCAGGGUUGUAACCCAUUCGCCCAGACUGGACGAAGCAAACUGCAGAACAAGCGAGCCAGUCUGAACCAUGAGAUCAUCAAAGAGAUGAGGAUGAGGGCCGGAGCUGAGAACCUGCUGAAGGCCACAUCUAAUAACAAGGUUAAAGAGAUGGUUCUGUUGGAGCUGAGCUAUGUGAACGCCAACCUGCAGCUACUGAUGGGACAGCUGGAAGGACUGAACAGCUCAGUGGAGGUCUACCAGAGCACCCAGGAAACUGCCAACAUCCCCCUCAUUGCUCUGGGUCUGAAGGAGACAAAAGAAGUCGACUUCUCUGCUCCAUUCAAGGACUUUAUCUUGGAGCACUACAGUGAAGAAGGCAACAGUUAUGAAGAUGAGAUUGCUGAUCUGAUGGACCUGCGACAGGCUUGCCGAACACCAAGUCGAAACACAACUGGAGUGGACCUGUUUGCAAAAUACUACAGCCAUCUUCCUCUGAUGGAGAGCAGAUUCUUCUCCCCAAAUCGCCCGACUGGCAUCUUCUUCACCUGGUAUGACUCGUUCACAGGAGUGCCAGUGUGCCAACAGAACCUGUCACUGGAGAAGGCCAGCAUCCUCUUCAACAUGGCCGCCCUCUACUCUCAGAUUGGUACCCGCAGUGACAGACAGACAAUAGUCGGCCUGGAGGAGGCCAUCUCGUCCUUCCAGAAAGCUGCAGGUAUCCUGAACCACCUGAAGGAGACCUUCACCCACACCCCCAGCUACGAUAUGAGUCCAGCCAUGCUCAGUAUGCUGAUCCGCAUGAUGCUUGCUCAGACUCAGGAGUGUCUGUUUGAGAAGACUGCACUGCCUGGGAUUCGAAACCAGUUCCACUCCCUGAUGAAAAUGGCCCAGGAGGCUGCUAAGGUCUCGGAAACUUACGACCAAGUCCAUCAGUCCAUGAUCCAGACGCCAAUCAAAGACAAUGUCCCAUUGUUCUGGUCCACCAUGUCACAAGUCAAAACCAACCACUACCGCUCCAUGGCACACUACUUCGUAGCCUCAGCUCUGCUCGACCACCAGCUGGGGCCUAGUGACGAUGAGGACCAGCAGGAGAAGACCUUGUCUCAGGUCUAUGAUCGCCUUCCUGAGGGACGCUCUCCUCUCGACAUCCUAAAGAAGAAAGAAGAACGUGAGCGCAUUGGCAAAGCACACAUCAGACGGGCCAUCCUGGGUCACGAAGAGGCUCUGAGGAUUUACAGCUUGUGCCACCAUUUGACCAAGCUGGAGAUCCUGGAGGGCAUUUUAAAAGCCAGUCACCAGCGCUCGCUCAACAAGUUCAGCGAAAAUGACAACGAGGAAGAGUUUACAGACUACACAGAGGCACCCGACAUCAUCUCUAAGACAGAGCACAAAGCAGAGAUGGAGGUUCCGGCAUCCACAAAGGUGAAAGUCACCGACUUUUUCCAGAGGCUGGGCCCUCUGUCCGUCUUCUCAGCCAAGCAGCGGUGGACGGUCCCACGAACAAUACGACUCCGCCCAGAAGACAGAGACCUGGGUUUCACCCUGAAAGGCGAAUCGCCAGUCCAGGUGGUUUCAUUGGACCCGCUAUGCCCAGCUGCUGCCGAUGGGCUCAAAGAAGGAGACUACAUUGUUGCCGUGGGUGAGAUUGACUGCAAAUGGUUCAGUGUGGGCGAUGUGAUGCGGCUGCUGAAGGACGUGGACGAGGAGGGGAUCGACAUACAAGUGGUCAGCAUGAUGGACAGCAAUCCUGCCGUGCCUACGAAGAGUGCCACCUUCAGUGGAAACCUGCCGAAGACCUACUCCAUGAUCUGUCUGGCCUACGACGACGAAGACAAGAACUCCAAAUCCCGCAAAGUGGUUAAGAAGUCGUCCUUCCUCAGCUGGGGUCUGAAGAACAGGCUAAAGAGCGCCAGCACGCUCAGCCUCCCCACGGCAGACAACUCCGGCGGGGCGCCCUGGAACAAACCCUGUCCCACCUUCCCCAGCUCCAGCUCUUACAACGACAGCGUCCUGUACUGAACCAGCCGCAGAACUUUGGAUCGUCUGCAGACAUCGUGCAGUAUCCAUACUGAGCCCAACAUGGCUGCAUAUAGUACUGUGCUGUACGCAUACUGCACCUGCAAUGGUACAGUGUCAGUGCCCUUUGGUGUUUUCACUGGAACACUGAGCAGAAGUGUGUGUAGCUUGUGUGUCAACAAUGUGACAUUACUGCCAGCUACCUUGGAAAGUGGCUGUGCCAAAUACUGCAUACUGGUGCCCUAGUACAGGGGUGCCUUCAUCAGUACAGUCCAGUACCUGAAGUAAACUGGACUGUAAACUAAAACAUAAUGGAAAGUCAUUGUGCACCAUGCCAGUCUGCGUACAGCACAUUACAACUGCACUGUGGGAAAAAAUAUAAUUCCAGGCUAUAUCUAUAUAUAUACAGCACUUAGAGAGGUUUCUAGGUGAAACUGUCAUCUCACUGUGUUUUCUGGAAGGAACGCUCCAGACGAAUUCAAUUGACAAAAACAAAAGUUGUAAGAACACACCCAGCGACGUUCGCUCUACUCGACCGCAGGGGAGUGAUUUUAAUGUGGCUUACCCCUUUUUAGUGCCAUUGUGAACUGAUGUGGCUGUGCACUGGGCAGUUAUGUCCUGUGUGCAUCCUCAAUACAUGUUUGUUUGAUACUGUACAUGCGAAGGCGUUGGUCAUUGCCACAAUAUUUGUUGCAAUCAGUGGACACUGAUCAUUUUUGGGGUAAAAAAAAUGCAUAUAUUUUCUCAGUAGAUAUGUAGACGUAACCUAGUUGCAGUAUGUUAAACAUUGAUUGAGGGAAACAAAAUUAGCUGUGCAGUUGUUUUUUUUGUCUUAGGAGAAUUGAUAAAUGCAAUAUUCUAUAAGCUGCUAAAAAUGUAUAUAUAUAUACUUUGAUUCCAUAUUAUUGUCACUUUUGUAUUUGCGAGACAGCCUUUGAGGAUUAUUAUUGCCUGGGACUCGUUGGAAAUGGAAAUGUUGGCCUUUCUGCUUAAUGUACCAGUUAUGCCACAAACCAAAAUGCCUCCAUAUCCCCAUUUUGCCAGUUCAUACCUUUACCUGACUAAUCUUAACCUCAUCAGUGCUGCCACUGUCUGGCAGUUUGUCCAUCUGUAAGACGAGCACGAGUUGUCUGUCUCUAGUAAUGUGAAUCGUCAUUCAGAAGGGAAGAAUGUGGGCAGACUAAUGACAUUCCUGCAUUGAACCCAGACAGCCGGUCACCCAACAGUGACUUCGAUCAAAGCCCGCCGUCAGGUUUCUAUUUGUCUCUACCUGUCUUCAUCCUCGUCACAUCCAACAUUCACCUGACACUUUGCAGUGUUGGACUAUGGCUUUAUCUACAAAGUAGAUUCUUAUACACAUUUGAUAAUCAAAUUAUUUAUGUAACGAAAAAAGUACACACAAAAAUAUAUAUUUACCUGUAUGUUGUAGGUUUCAGAAGUAGUUUGUGAAUGGUCAAGUUGUGAAUUUUUGCACGUCGGAUUUCUAGGUUGGUGUCUUUGAGGAAUGUAUUUUACUAGCCUUGCUUAAUCCUUUGGUGAACAUAUAUACUGAUACAUGUUGUCUUUGUAAAGAUAUUUUAAAAUGUAAAUGUUUUAAGACAGUAACACUGAGAAGAUGUAACAAUCUGUUUACCUUAUAAUGGUGUCUGAAGUGCCAUUUAUACUAAAUCAUGAAGGAAAGUUUCAUAAUAACAAGAAUGUGCAGUAAAUGGUUCAUAUUAGUAAGUGCCAACUAAUUGUGCUAACAGAGGGAAGAUGAUUUAAACAGAUCUUUGCACUCAUUUCACAGUGCACAGUGAUCUUAAACGCCUGGGUGUAUAUGCAGAGGGUUAUGCUUCCUGCUCUUCUGAGGUUUCAGAUUGCCUUUGCUGCUUUAUCUGUACUCAUAGCAACUGUGGUGUAAAUGCAUUGUUGGUAAGUCUUUGUCUCAUAUUUGUAAACUCAAAUGUCAAUAAAAUGGGGACCAAACAA